AUGAUUCCCACAGCAGAUGGUGCAGAGGGAGAGAAGCCCAACAAGGAAGAGGAGGAGCACGUAAAGUUCCGCAGCAAGGCCGCGAUGGUGUCAAUGAAGCCGCCACCGCCCGAACUCGAAAGACCUCUGCUGGGCGAGCUGCUCUUCCUGAAGCUUCGCCCGCUGUUGCAGGGCACGGAGAGUCCCGUGCAGGUGAGCUCCAAGGUCGUGGGUAUGCUGCUGCAGCUGCCCCUUCCGGAGCUCCGGCAAACUGUCGCCUCCUCCUCUCGGCUUCGGCAAAGACUCAACGAGGCGCUCAAACUCCUCAGCAUUCAGCCUCCCAGCUCGACACCUCAGACAUCCAAAGAGGGCCCUGAGAUGCGCCCGCCGGCUGCUCGUCAGGCUGAGCUGCUGUUUCUCGUGCUGACCUGCCUCCUCGACGACCGAGAUCUGGCCCUCUCCCUCACAAGCUCCCUUCAGCGACGCCUCACCGAGGCAGAGCUGAUGGGCUGCUUGGUGGAAGAGAAGAAGCUUCGUGCCUCUAUCAAAGCUCUUUCCAAAACAUUGGAGAAGGAGCUGAAAGACGAAAAAAGUGCGGAGGCGCUUCUCCGCGACUUCGACAGCCUGUCACCAGUGGCCCGUGCCAAGCGGUUCUCCUCGAGUGGAGGCGAAGCUCCCAGCGGCCGUUUGCAGGCGGGACAAUUACUUCGCGCAGCUCUGAAGCACGUGGCAAACCCAAAGGCUGUCGGGCGACAAGUUGUCGCAGCGUUGGCGGCCAACAGCUUGGCGUUGACACCGAAUCUGGUGACAUUGCUCGAACUUUGCGACCUGCCAACGGCAGAAGCGGUAGCCCUGGGCGCCAAGCUGCCAACAAGUGCCCCGCAGAAACAAGGGGCAGGACGUGAGCGGCGAGGGCAUUCACCAAUGGGGCGAAGGGCAACUUCACAAGCACCUGUUCGGAGAGGCCGCCAAAGUGAGCGCGGCGCCGCAGCGCCGAGGCGCCGCAGCGCCGAUGCGCGGCCUCGAGGCGAAGGGGCAGCGGACGUCGGGAUGGCACACAGCCAGCACAAGCCAGAGGCUGCAGGUGCUGCCAAGACAACCUUCACAAAGCAGAGCAGUGCUGCUGCACAGUCUCCAGGCAAUGUGGAGUUCUCCAUGGCUCGCCCUUCAGAAGGUGCCACCAAGCCGAGUUCGGAGGUCACUGCAAGCGGAAGCGCUUCUGCAGGAUCCAAUCCACCAUCGACGGCUUCGAAGCUCUACUCAGCGGCGCUGAUGCAGCCAAAGCCUCAGACCUCCAGGCCGAUUGCGAGGGAGCCAAAGCCCAGAGAGGACUUUCCGACAUUGACGUCUCGAAAUGCGGCCAAGCAAAGCGACGAGGCCCGGCGCCGCAGUCAGUCACAGGCGCCACAGGCGACACCACCACCCCAGGAGGUCUCCUGUGCAGCUCGUGCCACCAGUGCAGAGCCUGAGCAGCAGGUUGAGGCCGGCCAGACGCGGCGCCCAGAGCGCACGAAGCGAAAAGGCCACGUGUGGUCGCCAAUGACGGAUGCGUUUGAGGCUGCCCGGGCCAAAGGGGAGGCUGAGGAGCCGAAGGCAGCGGCGAAGGCGGCGGCCAAAGCGAAAGCAGCCGCCAAGGCGACGGCUGCAGCCAACAGUCUAGCUCAACAGGAGAUCCGGCAGCAGCUGCAAGACAUCGCCGAGUCGAAGCUGAGAGCCGUGGAGAGCGAAGACUUCGAGCUCGCCCAGCAGCUGAAGCAGCGGGAGCAGGAGCUGCAGCAGCUCUGCGGACCCACAAAGUCCUGGGCCUCCAUCGCUACACCCGCUGCGCAUGCUCCCACACGAAGCUCGAAGAUAGGCGUUGGCGUGCCUCCGAACCGGAGCCUGUCGCCCGCGCGGGCGCCACCGGGGUCCGGCGGGUCGAGUCAAUCUGGCGCGAAGCUGGUCUUCGUGCUGACCGCCCCAGGUGAGCUCACUGUGGAGUCCUUCAAAGCAACCUCAACCCAUGUGGCACGACGAGAUGCCCUGGCGAGGAUUGCUACAGCAGCGCUGUGGAGGGGCCGAGGUCUGGCCUGGGAGGAUGUUCAUGAGAUUGUGUUCAUCUUCGAGGAUUACCACGCGCUUCACAUAUCUCCUCGAUUCGUGGCGAGCUGCCCCGUGCCAUCCGAAUACCAUCUGAUCAUGGUGCUGGCGCGCGCGCUGGAAGGAACCGGAAUGCCAGGACUUCAGAUCACCACGCCAGACAGGGACAGAUUCCUUGGAGGCCAUAUCGAAGACAUGGUUGCCAAGUACGGUCGAUCUGGCUCGUCUGCGGCGAUCUUGUUGCAUGAGACCUUUCCGCGGAGCCUGGGCCUCUACGACGCGCGUGGUGGAGGAUCGCGAGACUCCCCGAAAUCCCUGGUCUUCUUCCUGGGCGCGGUGAAGGACAUGACGCCCGAAGAGCGAGGUGCCGUCCAUCGCGCCUGCCGCAGUCAGAUGGUGCCCUGUGUGGAGGCAAAUCUCGGUCAGCAGGCGGAGUUCACUUCGAAGAUCAUUGAUGUUCUGCACGGGCACCAUCUGUACGGGCGCCUGGCCCCAGCAGUGUGGCGAUGCGCGCGGCAUCCACAAAAGGAGCUGCAGGCAGAGGCAACUCGCCCAGCUCCACCAAGCGGGCUGCUGUGGGUCUUCGUCCCGAUGAGCGGAUCGCCUCGUGAUCCCGUUGCUGAUGACAAGAAGAGGGACGGGCAAUACGAAAUUCCGCGCUGCUGCAUUUCUCAGCUGUGGUGCUCGAAAAGCGAGCAUCGCUGCCACGCGCUGUCUUUUGUCUACCCAAAUGGGGAGGUUCUGACAGUGAACCCUUCUUUGGUCACCUGCCUCAAGCUGCAGCACCGCGCCGCGCCGACCGAGCGAAACCUGGUCAACGCGCUCCGCGUGGCCACCGGGGACUGGAAGGCCGACCCCAGCUUAACGGUGGACACCGGCUGCGUUGUUCUCAGCAAAGCCUCCGACAUCAUGGCACAGCGAGGAGGUGCUUUGCUGCCCCAGCGGACGGCCCUUGUCGACCUGGAGCUGGAUGGAAGCCCCUCUGCUCAGGGUCCUGGCCGCCUGGACGUCUACGCUUCCCGAGCUCCAGAUGCACAGAAGCCAGUGCGAGAUGUGGUCGUUCUCCUGCACGGCGAACGCGAUUUUCCCCGAGGGUUCCGUGAGUCGGUGGCUCAAGGACUCCUGGGCCUGAAGAGCUUGCCUCAGUCGCCUUGGCAACGCCUUGCCAUGCCCCGUCUGAGCAUCCACGCUGCGAUUUCCCUCCUGGGACAUUACUGGGACACGCGAGUGCUGUCCUUGUCACUGUCCCCGACCGCAGUCACAGGCGCCGAGCGGCUGCCUGAAAGACGCAAGGAGGCCAAAUCCAUGGCAACGCCGAAGAUCCUCCAGAGGAAGGCUGGCGACUCUCCUGGCAAUGCUACUCGGGUUGCCUGGGAGGAGUUGGUCAGCAGUGAUGAGGACGCCACACCCUGGUCUGCAGCUGCGGAAAAAGGGCAUCGCACCUCUGCGAGCAAGCAAGCGGCAUUUCGGGCGCUUUUGAACUCCAGAUGCAAAGCCCAUCGCCACCUCGCAGACUUCAAGCUUGCAGAAUAUAGCCGACAUGACUGCCAAGUUGGUACGCGCAUGAGUGCCAUGCCGCCAGCGCUGAAGUAUGAGACAGACUUGUUUAAAACGCCUUGA